GACCAUGUUAUAAUGCUGCGAAAGCCACAGGACGAAUCACCUCGAAGAGUUCUUUCAUUCAGUGAGUGAAAGCUGCGAGAGAAGCAGCACAGGACGGUAAGAGAAUGAAGUCGUAUGAGGAGUUUCGGUUUCCUACAACAUUCGUUCUGAGCUUCGUCAUUACAAGUAUGCUUUUCAAUGGAGCUUAUGCACAGGAGAAUAUCACGAAUCCACAGUUCGUACUUGUACCAGGAAUUGGUCAUGGUGGUUGGGCCUUCGCACAGGUGAUAACGUGCCUACAAGAAGCAGGUUACAGUGCAUUCGGAGUGGAUUUGACCUCUCAAGGGAUUAAUAAAGUUGACGCAUCGGAAGUGGAGACUAUAGAUGAGUAUGUGAAACCACUCACGGAUUUAUUCGAAACUAUAACCAAACCUGUGAUCAUAGUAGGACAUAGUUUGGGAGGAGGAUCUAUUUCAGUGAUGAUGGAAAAAUUUCCAGAAAAAAUAUCGAAAGCUGUGUUUCUUACAUCAAUAAUGCCAACCAACCAGCAAACCUUUUUCAAUUCUUUGCCACAAUCAGUUCUAACUCGUUUGUUGGAGGCCAAUCAGCUGAUACCCGAGGGUAACCCUCCCACCUCUGUAAGCAUCAAUGUUUCAUCGUCCCCCACUUUCCUGUAUAACAGGACCCCACGCUGGGCAAUCACCCUGGCAAGUACAUUGCUAAAUCCAACGCCUUACAGACCGGGAGACGAGUCCAUCAGUUUGACACCACAAAACUACGGCAGGGUGAGGAGGUUCUACAUAAGGACGGGAUCGGAUCUGGCCAUACGGCCUGAAGAGCAGACACAGAUCAUCAAAGCCAAUCCACCUGAGAGAGUAUAUUCUUUAGCGCUCAGUGAUCACGCACCAUUCUUGUCUCAGCCAUAUGCUCUUUGCAACAUCCUUCUUAGUAUUGCUAGGAUCCCAUUAGCAUCAACUGCUCUGCCUUGAUAUAAAAUCAGUCAGUAAAAUUCUCUUCUUUGUGAGAUAUAAACUGAUCAUUGCUGUUCUCGGUUGUCCUCGCUCUAAAGUAGGAUCAGAGCGAGUUCGCAACUUUCCUUCUUUAAUAAGAGUGCCAUCUCAGCGCAGAAGUCUUAUUAAGGUUUUUCAGAACCAUCGUCAGCUCCAUGACCACAUAAACAGUCGCUUUAAGUGUCAUUCCGAAUGUACAACUUCUUACCUCAUCAUCAAUAAAGUGUUUUGAUGGAAGUCAGC